AUGACGGGCUACGACUAUAAUAAGCUCCUCUCCGUUUUCUAUAUUUCCUACAUCGUCUUCGAAAUUCCAUCUAAUCUCGCAUGCAAAUGGAUUGGACCUGGCUGGUUUCUUCCAACCUUGACGCUUGCGUUCGGGAUUUGUUCCGUCGGCACUGCUUUCGUCCACUCUUUCAGCAGUGCUUGUGGCGUGCGAUUCCUCCUCGGUAUCUUCGAGGCAGGAAUGCUUCCCGGGAUUGCAUACUAUCUCUCUCGGUGGUAUAGACGGGUGGAGCUGGCCUUAAGGCUCGCGUUAGAUCUUGUUAUGGCUCCUUUGGCAGGGGCGUUCGGUGGCCUCCUUGCGUCAGCGAUAUUGAGGCUUGAUUCAUUCGGCGGCUUGAAAACCUGGCGGAUGAUAUUUGCCAUUGAGGGGAUCAUCACUAUUGGACUUGGACUGCUCGCUUUCGCUACCUUAACAGACAGACCAGAGACCGCUCGGUGGCUCACCCAAGAGGAAAAAAGGCUGGCAAUUUCACGGGUGCGCUCUGAAUACGAAUAUGCUGGUGCUCGCGCUGUUCUGGACAAGCUCAACAUGAAAAAAAUUACCCGCGGCAUCUUCAAUCCCGUCGUUCAAGCGAUUUCGUGGAUUAUGCUUCUUGCUUGCGUCACCGUUCAGGGAUUAGCCUUCUUUGCACCCACAAUUGUGCGAACAAUAUAUCCCGAGAAAAGUACUGUCGAGCAGCAACUCCAGACAGUCCCGCCGUACAUUGUCGGCGCGGUAUCUACUAUCCUAAUUCCCUAUCUGACCGGACGGCUUGACCGCCGGCUGAUACUCUUCAUCAUCACGCCGCUGUUAAUGAUGACCGGUUAUAUCAUAUUCCUGGCUACCGAGAAUGCGAAUGCACGCUAUGGCGCGACGUUCCUUAUCGCGUUUGGCUCGUUCCCGCUCGGGGUCCUCACGAACGCCCACGCAUCUGCUAAUGUUGUCUCGGAUACUGCACGUGCGUCAGCUAUUGGGACUGUCGUGAUGAUGGGGAAUAUUGGUGGACUUAUUGCGACUUGGUCAUUCCUACCCUUUGACGGCCCAAACUAUCCUAUUGGGAAUGGGCUAAAUCUGGCUACGGGAACAACAUGUCUGUUAAUAGCGGUAGGAUUGUUGAUUUGGUCGAAAAGUGACAACAGAAAACGGGAUCGGGGUGAUGGUGGAAGGAGGCUUGAUGAAUUGAGUGCCUGGCAGGUUGAGGAUUUAGAUUGGCAUCAUCCUUCGUUCAGGUGGUCGUUGUGA